AUGAUGCGUAGCAGUCGUUUAAACUGGGGUAGUAGCGAUAACAGAGUUAGCACAUCUGAACUCUUCAUUUUGUUGGAGCAGAAUUGCAGCUCGAGUACACCACCGGAUGUUAUAGCACCCCAUACCAUCACAUUUCCGCCUCCAAAAUUUCGUCGGGGAAAAACUCGACGUUCUUUACAAGACCAAUCAGUUGCCAUAUUUUUACUAGCGAAUUCCAUACGAGCGACUUUGUGGCGUGGCAAAAGACAUGGAGCUGGUACCAUUCUACCGUACUCGAGGUGCUUAGUGCGUUUUAAAGCCCUCCAAAUUGUUUGCCGAUUUACGGGAACUGAACAUUUUGUUGCUAGCUUCUGGCAACUAAUAGUUGAAUUACUAGCGACACGUGCAAUUAUUCUUUCAUCGCGACUGGUCAAUUUUCUUUUCCGCCCGCCUGCCUUUUUGAUCCCGUAUUCAUCUUAUUUUCGUAAAAAACAAGAAACCAGCCCGUGGGAUCUUCCAAUCUUCGAAGCAAUAUCGCGUAUACCGAAACCUUGCUCAACUAGAACCGUAAUUCGACCCUUUUCAAAUUCGUUCAAUGGUUUACCGCGAGGCAUAUCGACGAGAAUAUUCAUUAGUAAGCAAUCAAAAAUAAGUAAUGACAUUUACCGCAAAACUACUGAAAAAAAGCGACAUAAUUGUUUUGGAUUUAUAGUUUUGCAACAAGUACGUUUUAGGUUAUAUUACUUCUUGCAAAUUUUGUAAUGGUAAAAAAAAAUAAAUCACCCCAUCAAAAGGGAGUUCCCAUUACGCAAAGGUCAUAGAAGAAUUUUGUUUCAUAUCUCUUUUUUACGCCUGCAACACAAAUAUUUGUCGUGGAUUUAUAGUUUUGCAACGGAGUGUAUGUAUGUAGGUAUGCAAUUUGU